GGAGGAAGGAGGAUGAUGACGGCGAUGAUGAGAACGACGACGAGCGAAGAGAAACAACAUUGUUUGUGCUACCCUGCUCCUGCUACUCCGCCGCUUCUGACCCCAACUCCUUUUUCGGGCUGGGCCAACAGCCUCUGUAGCUUUGAGAGCCGGAGUACACGGCCAUGGCUGCGGGAAUUGUCACGAAGAGCGAGCAUCCGCUAUGUCCGCGCGUUUCCCACGAUCGGCCGGCACCCGCCCGACCAGGAGCAGGCGGGCUAGGCUAAUGCCGCCGCCGCUCGGCCGGCCGGCCUUCAACGCGCCCCAAACAUGGCAGGGCGCCGAACGUCAAGUCAAGUCAAUCCAGUCGAGGGGACCUCGCCCUGCAAGCGGAGCCGGAGGGCGUGAGACACUACGGCAACAAACCGCGCAUGCAAGACGUAGUGGACAAGGCAGCAAUAAAUUAUACAUAGUCGUAUACAUCAGUCGCUCUUCACGAAAUCUAGAAAAUGCUUUUCCAUCCGCUGCCAAGGGAAAGGCUCCUGGCUGCGAAUCUCAUUCAUUAAAUUCGUGCCGUGCUCUUGUCGCAAAAAUGAAUCGACAGCAUCUGUCCAUCUUCGACGUGGCCGCCCUGGGCGUCUGAUGCCGUCCGGACGCCACCAUUGAACUUGCGCCGGCCAUUCUCGCGAGCCGCCGGUGGCGAGUCGCGCCACGAGGCGCCACAUUGAGCGAUCCAACACGACAAACCAGUUCGACACAGGAAAAUGCGAGCGUUUAUGUAUUCUGGGUUUCGUGAUUUGAUGAGCGCCAACGCUGCUGAUGGCCCCUCCCUUGUGGCGGCGGCUGUGCAGGCGGCGAUCCGGGAGGGCGCCCCGAGGCGCACUGUUGCUGCUGUGGCUGCGGCGGUUGCCGGCACUGUGAUGUCUGCGACUGCUCGGACCUGCGUGCCAGCGACUAUGCACAAGGAGCGUGCUCAGGAUGCACAGGGCAAAGCUGAAGACUUCGACGAUCCUGUACAAUUGUUGGAGAAACUUCGUGCUGUACGCCGUGCCCAACGACUCCGCAAGAAGGAAAAGCACUGGACAGCCAAGCAGGUGGCUCAAGAUGGUCCAGCCUCUCCUAUUCUUCCUGAUGGCCUUCAGCCUGUCGUUGAAGCCAUUCCAUCUCCAGCAGGUGCAGCCGGCCCAAGCGCAGACCUCGGGGGAAGUCAUGCUGCAGAGCCCGCUCCGGCACUUGCUCUACGUUCAGGCGCUGAUUCACCCUCGCAAUCUGAAUGUACCCUCAAUUCCCGGCACCCGCUCCCCGAGUCUAUUGCUGGGAAUGCAAUUGGCGCCAGUUCUUGCCACACACCGGGGCGAGAACCAUCAGGGCCACCUGCACGUGCCAAAGAUCCUGCGGCAGUCCCGACAUUGCCGUUUCCAGGGGUGCCCUUUCUUACUUCUUCGGCCACGUUCCAGCCCAUCUUAGGCCGCAAUUGC